UCAGUGUCAAACAAAAUAUAAAAUUGUCAAAAUCGCGAAACAGUUUUCUAACCUAGUGUUGGAGCAUAAUUUCACAACAGUUUUUAAAUAUUUCAAAGAUGUAUGAGAACGAGUAUAUUUAUUUUAAUUGAAUUUACAUUCUUUUAAAUAUUUUUAUUCUAUAUAGUAGUAGAGUUCCUCUCGUCGUGUACACGCGAAGCAAGAAAUAGUUUAGUAAUGCUUAGAGCGAGAGCGGUAUCUGCAAUUUACAUCGAGAGCCAAGCUCUCGAACUGCUCUCCGCGGCAAGAAAAGAUGUUUACAAAUUAUUCCGUUCCAGUUCACUGUCCAGUCAGACCUCCGCGUCACAGACAGUGUUAACGUCUCCAAAAGGUGGGUCCGAGCAUGCUGCGGCGCAAGGUGUCAGCGCCCCCGGCGGGGGCGGCGCCCCGGGCGGCGACGGCGCCCCGGGCGGGGGCGGUGCCCCGGGCGGGGGCGGUGCCCCGGGCGGCGGCGGCGGCCCGGGCAGGCUGUCGCCGCGCCGCUCCUGGACGCUCGCCGCCACCGCGCUCACGCUCACCGCAUCCCUCGGCGGGGUGUACUUGUACCGCAAACUGAGUGAAGAGAUAAAGGACGCGGCCGACAUAGAGCAGCCGCCCGUCGCCGGCGCCCCCAGCGCGGCGCUGGAGCCCGAGCCCGUGCCCAGCUCGGGCGCCGCCUUCCCCGCGCACGUGCAGUAUCUGCUGGUGGGCGCCGGCACCGCCUCCUUCGCCGCCAUGCGCGCCAUCCGCUCCGCGCGGCCCGACGCGCGCGUGCUCCUCGUGGGCGCCGAGCACGAGCUGCCCUACAUGCGGCCGCCGCUCAGCAAGGAGCUGUGGCGCGAGCCCGACCUGGCCGAGCGCGCGCCGCACCUGGACGCGCUCUCCUUCCGCCAGUGGAACGGCCGGCGCCGCGCCGUGGCCUACGAGCCCGCCGCCUUCUACGCCGACGUGGAGCAGCUGCGCGACGCGGGCGGCGCCGCCGUGGCGCGCGGCUGGCGCGUCGUGCGCCUGGACGCGGCGCGCCACGAGGCCGAGCUGCGCGCGCCCGGCCGCGCGCCCGUCACGCUGCGCUACGACAAGUGCCUGCUGGCCACGGGCGUGCGCGCGCGCCGCACCGAGGCGCUGCGCGACGCGGCGGCGGCGGGGCGCGCGCUGACGCUGCGCGGCGUGCGCGACGCGGCGCGCCUGGCGCGCGCGCUGGACGAGCCGGGCGUGCGGCGCGUGGCCGUGCUGGGCGGCGGCUUCCUGGCCUGCGAGCUGAGCGCGGCGCUGGCGGAGCGCCUGGCGCCGGAGGGUCGCUCGGUGACGCAGCUGUUCCGCGAGGCGGCGCCGCUGGGCGCGGUGCUGCCGCCGUACCUGGCGGCGGAGGCGGCGCGGCGCCUGCGCGCGGCGGGCGUGGCGCUGCGGCCGGGCGCGGAGCUGCUGCGCGGCGAGCUGCGCGAGGGCGGGGUGACGCUGCGCCUGGCGCAGGCGGAGGACGAGGCGGCCGACCUGGUGGUGGAGUGCGUGGGCAGCGAGGUGGACGACGAGCUGGCGCGGGCCUCGGGCCUGGAGACGCACCCCGAGCUGGGCGGCCUGCUCGUCAACGCGGAGCUACAGGCGCGGAGCGACGUGUACGCGGCGGGUGACGUGGCGUGCUUCUACGACGUCGUGCUGGGACGCCGCCGCGUGGAGCACCACGACCACGCCGUCGUGUCCGGACGCCUCGCCGGCGAGAACAUGGCGGCGCUCGUCCCGCCCAAGCACUACACGCACCAGAGCAUGUUCUGGAGCGACCUCGGCCCGCAGCUCGGCUACGAGGCCAUCGGCAUCAUCGACUCCCGGCUACCUACAGUGGGCGUCUUCUCGGCGGACGCCGUCGCAGAAGAAGCUGGCGCCGCGCAGGUAGCCGCGGCGCACGACGUCGGCGCCGCGAGCGCGGUGGCGGGCGGCGACGCGAGCCCGACGGCGAGCGGCGAGGCGGGCCCGUUGUCUGGCGGCGAGGCGGGCCCGUUGUCUGGCGGCGAGGCGGGCGCGGCGGAGGCGCGGCGCUACGAGCGCGGCGUGGUGUUCUACCUGCGCGAGCGCCGCGUCGUGGGCGUGCUGCUGUGGAACCUCUUCAACCGCAUGCACGUCGCCCGCCAGGUGCUGGCGCAGGGCGAGUUCGAAGACCUGUUCGAGGUGGCCAAGCUGUUCUCCCUGCACGAGGACGAGUAGACGCGCUACACGGGGACCGCGGGUCGUACGCAUUUAUCUGUUAUAUUUGUAAAUAACUAAUAUAAAACAAUAAAACUGAUCUAGUGACUAUUAUUGUAUGUACUUUUAUUUCGG